AUGUCUGACAUUAGUGUGCACAGUAAUGCGGCCGAGUAUGCUGAGCUGCCCGUCAGACACAACGAGGACCAGCUCAACGCCGACUUGGCGAGCCAGGUUCCCCUGGAGGUGAGUCAGUCGUCGCUAGACUCGGCCCACACCAAGACCCACCUGUUGCUGCAGUGCUACAUGAGUCAGCUGACCCUGCCAUCCUCUGACUACCUGACCGACACAAAGUCUGUGCUGGAUCAGGCCCUCAGGAUACUACAGGUGAGAAUGGACGUUUCAGCUGACCAGGGCUGGCUGGUGACCUCGCUCAACGUGAUCCAGCUGCUCCAAAUGGUGGUUCAAGGUCACUGGUGGAACCAAUCCUCGCUGCUCACACUGCCCCACGUACAGUCCUACCACCUCGCCUGCUUCAGACGUCCGGGCAAGUCGUCGUCGUUGCCCCGCGGAGCCCCCGAUUCCAGAGCGGUGGUCGACAACCUCCCUGAGCUGAUUGCUCUCUGCGAUGGACAGAUGAAGACGCUCAACAACAUGCUGGCCUCUGACAUGACCCCGCAGCAAGUCGAUCAGGUGUACCAGGUGCUGACAAAGAUGCCUCAGAUUGAGGUGGAUGUGGAGCUCCGUGGGUGGCUGGAGGGUGAGCCGGAGAGCUCGUCUCGCCAGUUCAACAUAGGGCACCGAGGAGGUCUGCGGCCAGAGUCACACUGGCUGCAGGCACACGCUGACCAGGAGUACGUGCUACAUGUCAAUCUACGCAGAAUUAACAAAUCAAGGCCAAAAGACUCCAAAGUCCACUCUCUGCGUUUCUCCAAGCCGAAGGACGAGGGCUGGGUCCUCGUGGUGGGCAACGUGGACUCACAGGAGGUGGUGGCGCUGAAGCGCGUGGGCUACGUGCGGGGACAGAUGCGCGUGCAGCUCUCUCUCUACACGCCGGAGAACACGGGCCGUGUCGUCUACACACUGUACCUCAUGUCCGACGCCUACCUGGGGCUGGACCAACAGUUUGACCUCUGCCUGGACAUCAUUCCGCCGAGCGUGGAGGCUCAGGUCAACUCGGAGGUGCAGGAUGAUGGGCGUUUUCGGUGAAUUUGAACUCUGGUCUUGACAGUGACAGUUAGCAAGCAAGAAAUGUGAGGCAGCGUGGUGAAAUCAGGUGCUCGUCAAAAUAGUCAAAUGAAGAAACUGGCAUUUUUUCGAAGG